CAGCUCGCCGAUGCGAUGAGGAGGGGCGAUUUUGCUGUCGUGAACCACUCGCAAGGCUGGUCUAGCGGGGAAACCGCCUUCCAAUCGAACCCUGAAAGUUCGCUUUGCUCUGUCGGCUGGGCCGACUCGUCGCUGUCGGUCUUCUGCCAGGACGAGAACGGCAACAUCCGCGAACGCCGCUUCUCAAAAGCGACAGGCUGGGAUCUCACCAACUACGUUGAAGAGAACACGCUCCUGGGCACCAACAUCGCCGCCGUGCACUCCAGUGACGGUAGCCGGGUCGUCCUGUUCUUCCAGGACGCCGAGGGUUUCAUUCGCUCACGUACGGCGCGGCAUGGGCAGUGGGAGCCUACCAGCGUCAGCAUCGGCAAAGGUCCCAAAGGAUGCGGUAUUGGGGCCACGGCAUGGAACGACCUGAAGGAGAUCCGGCUUUACUUCCAGGAUGAUCAAUACCGCAUCCGUGAAUAUCGCGGCGUCUUCGGUGGUGUAUUCCAACUCUUGGACACUGGAUUCCCAUUCAGCUUUGAUUACUGUAUCGGCGACAUCACCGCAGUUUCAUGGAACGAAGGUGCUCAGAUCCGGCUCUACAUUCAAGACAAGUUCAACAAUAUCGUGGAGUGGGCGUACACCUAUCUGACGUGGUCACAAGGCACUUUCAAGACUGCUGCGCUCCCCAACGCAGACAUAAUUGCGUUUGUCCGUGAUUCGUACCCUGUUCCCGGCUUCUGCCUGUUUGUCAUCUGGGCAGGCCAGGAUCAGAAACUGUACCAGAGCGUUUGGUCCACGCUCGAGUCCAAGUGGUCCGCCCCUCAAGACAUCGCCAGCGUCCGCUCCACGGGCAACGUCGUCGGUUCUUUCGUCGGCGACUACUUCUCAGACGAGGACGAAUACACGGACAGGAAAGCCAUCACUUCGGCGAAGGUCUGCGUGAACUCGGGCGUCGUCGUCGGCCUCGCGCUUGAGUUCACCGACCAGACUGUCACCGGCUGGCGCGGCAGCGGCAACGGUACCGUGUACACCUUCGACCUGAAUGACACGGAAGACAUCACGACGAUCUCGUACAUCGAGGAAAACGAUCGGCUGCUCGGGCUCAGCUUCACGACAUCUAAAGGCCAGCAGUCCCCGUGGUACGGCACCCAGGGGCUCCCGACGACUGUCACGACCUGGUCCUUCGGCGGGCACGCGCUCGGCGGGUUCUACGGCACCGCCGACACCGUGCUUCGCGGGCUCGCGCCCAUCUGGACGACGCGCAUCCGCGGCAUCGACGCCCGGCGGCUCGAAGAGCUCAUGCGGCGCGCACAGGCGCUCGCUGCGGGUGUGCAGGAGUCCGCGUCGUACUUCGGGCAGCUGCGCACGCGUGCGGACACGUACCGGGCGCGGCGGCGGGCGGCGGGGGCGCUCGGGGAGCAGGCGCAGCGCGUCAUGGACGGCGUCGUUGCGACGGCGCAGUCGAUCGAGUACCUGUUCGACCUCGAGAGCGCGCACCGGCGGGCGCGGCUCGGCGGGGACGCGGACCGGCGCUCGAACCUGCGCGCGCAGACGGGCAUCGCGAAGACGAGCGCGGACGAGGUCGAGUUCGCGCUCAAGAAGCUGUUCGAGGAGUACACGCUCAUACACGCCGAGGGCGCCAAGCUCUCUGGGGAAGUCGACGCCGCGUGGUCGCGCGUCCAGCGCGACACCACCGCGCUGCAGAUCUUCUUCGCCCAGAUCGUCACGACGAUUCGGGAUAUCGAGUCCACGAUGGAGUCGCUGAGGACGAGCAUCGCGUUGAGCGAGGACGAAGAGGCCGACGCCAGGGCCAAGGAGCAGAAGCAACGCUCGCUCUUCGACAGGGCCUCCGAGGCGGGCGGGCUGAACGUCGCGCGCUACAACGCCCUCCUCCGGAGCGCCCAAGAGCAACUCGUCGAGUCCGAGAAGCGCACCCAGGACUUCAAGAGCCAGAUCUCUCGCCUCGAAGGCGACAAGUUCAAGCUGCAGACCUUCAAGCGGGACGCCGAGGGCGCGCUCAGGGGAAUCGAGGAGACACGUUCGUCCCUGAAGACCCUCAUCGACGACGAGAAGGCGUCGCAGGUGUCGUCGGCCGCGCUGUCCGAGUCGCUCAAGGAGAUCUACAACUCCACGAUCCCCCUCGAUGACCACACCAAGGCGAGAGGGUUCGCGGCGGCGCUGCUGUCUGUCAUCCAGCACGCGUUGGACGUCGAGCUGCUCAGGGCGCAGCUGCGCGUCGACGCGGGACCUUUGCAGCGCGUCUUGUCCGAUAUCGCCAACAGCGCUUACUGAAUAGCUGCCGCGAUUUAGCUUCUUUAAAAUUUGAUUAAAUAGUCUGUCUGUCUGUACAAGUAGGGGAAUACAACGGUCCCUUUAGCGAAUUACACGAACGACGACUAGUGGC